UGUGAAGAGGAAUCUCUGAAUCGAUGUAAUGCUUUCAGCUACAAUCCAGCCGACGGCACGUGCCGUCUGUUCUCCGGUCGCUGCGGUGGAUCGGCCGGUAACAGUUCUCAGCAGAAUAUCGGACAUUACAUGGCCCGCUCGAUGUGUUCAGACCCCAGCAGCUGCGUUUGCCCGCCCGACUUCACGCUCUGCGCCGGCCUCUGCCUGAAGCGACUGGAUGAGGGGGGUGCAGUCAGCCACUCCGAGGCCGUCACAGCCUGCUCCGCGCUGGGUGCCCACCUGGCCGUGCCUCGCUCUCAGCACCAACACCAGUGCACCGUCGACCUCGCCACCGGCAUCCAGGUGUGGCUGGGUAUCACCAACACGGUGCUGGCCGGAAAGUACACGGGUUUUGACGGCUGCGGCGAGGUGCCCCCGGCGGAGCAGCACUGGGCUGUGGACGAGCCGAGUAACCCCGAUACCCAGCCGCUGGUUGCGCUCAGCACGAUGGUCGGCGGCGGGUGGAAGGUGGGCUGGCACGACCUCGAUGACCGCUUCUCGGCCUGGCCACUCUGUCAGCGACCGCUGAACUGAUACGGAUAACUGGCCGGAAAACCGGCAAACCGUCUAAAAGACCGGCAAACCGUCAAACUGUCUAAACGGCCGGAAAACCGUUAAACCGUCUAAAAGACCGGCAAACCGUUAAACCGCCUAGAAGGCCGGA